AUGUCCGAAGAGACAAUCCUGGGACGGAGAGAGUUCAUAUCAGUACAGAGUAUGAGUUCAGUUAUCCGUGUAUGUUCAGAGGGUCACGCCACUGUUUCAGGCAGAUCUGUGUCUGUAGUAGAUACUCCUCCAUUCUUUGACACACAGAUGAGACCUGAAGAGUUAGUCACAGAGAUAGCCAGAAGUGUGUAUCUAUCCAGUCCUGGACCUCACGCUUUUCUCAUUGUGUUGAGAGUAAUAGACAGAUUCACUGAACAGGAGCAGAAGAUUCCUCAGAUGAUUGAGAUGAUGUUGGGACAGGAGGUGUUAAAGUACUCCAUCAUUCUCUUCACUCAUGGAGAUCUGGUGGAAGGACGGUCAGUAGUGGAUCUCGUUGAGGAGAACUGUAGAUUAAGAGAUCUAGUCGAUCGGUGUGGAGGCAGAUAUCAUAUCUUCAACAAUAGAAGUAUGAGUAACAGAGAGCAGGUGAAUGAUCUCCUGCAGAUGAUUGACUCAAUGAUAGCACGGAAUAGAGGACACUACAUUAACCAGAUGUACAAAGACGCUCAGAAAUUCAGACAAGAAGAAGAAAAGCAGAGACUGAGAUAUGAAGAGAAUAGAAGAAGAGAGGAGAAACAAAUACAUGAGAUGGAGAGAGUGAGAAAAGAGAUGGAAGAGAAAGUCAGAGCAGAGUAUGAAGCUAAUAGAUCUGAACAAGAAAGACUUAAAGCAGGGCGACAGAGAGAUGAAGAGAAGAGAAGAAGAGAAGAGAAACAAAUACAAGAGGAGAUGGAGAGGGUGAGAAAAGAGAUGGAGGAGAGAUUCAGAGCAGAGUAUGAAGCUGAGAGAUCUGAACAAGAAAGACUUCGAGCAGUGAGACAGAGAGAUGAAGAGAAGAGAAGAAAGGGGGAGAAACAAAAAGAGAACUGUGUCUGUAGUUGAUACUCCUGGCUUCUUCAGCACUUCUAAUAAAAGCUGAUGGAUGAAUGACUGAAAGAAGAGACCGAAGAGGAAGCCAUAGCAGAGAACGACAGGAGCAGAGCUUUAUCUUUCACACUGGAGACAGAGAGAUGAAGAAUGAAGACCAGGAGAGAGAGAGAGAGAUGAACGGAGGAGCAGUAAGAGAGCUGCUCGUGUGUCAUGCAGCAGAACAGCUGGAAACGAACCGCUUCAUCCAGCGGAUGAGACACACGAGAUCAGAGGCAGUCCGGUAGAACUCAAGUGUGCAGAAGGUGAAAGGAAACAGAUCUCAAGCUGAAAAAAGAUGCAGGUUUUGCACUCUCAACGCCUUAAUGAACCUCCGCUCAACCCAUGGGUGAUCCUCCGCUCCAGUGGCCAAGUAGAGCGUGCACACUGCACAUGCAUGGCUGGCAUAGCAGAGUCUUGCACAUAUGUUGAGGCUCUCCUUUUUAAAAUCAAAGUAUCAGUCCGGAUACGGGGGACCAAGAAUGUCACUGAUGUUCCAGCCUACUGGAUGAUGCGCGCUAAUGUUGAUAAGGUCCAAUCAGAGGUGGGCAACAAGCUCGACUUCACCACUGGUGCAGCUAAGAGAGUGGCACUUGACAAGUGCAUCAGUGGAGAGAGGGGAAUAUCAGGGAUAUGUACUCAUUUAGGCUCCACGAGUCAUUGUGGACAUGCACUCUCACAGCAAGGCUAUUUGUCUUUCUGGGAUGGAGGAGUAUUACCAUCAUUAUAUCACCCAGUUAAGCCACAUGUAGUGCCAAGUUCCCUACGGCAUCUUUGUGACCCAGGAAAGGAUGGAUGCCAUCUACCCAUCCUGUUCCAGCAUUGCAACACCCUCACACACCUGCUAGCAGUAACAGAGAUACAGGCAGCUGCAGUUGAAGCUCAGACGAGACUGCAACAUCCAUCAUCUGUCUGGUACACAUCAAGAGCAGGAAGAAUAACAGCUUCAAAUAUGCAUGCCAUUGAGUCCGCUAGAGUUGAGAAACCAGCCACAUCAACGGUGUCAACAGUGUGCUAAAAACAGCUAUCAGAUGGGGAUAGACAAUGAAGGAACAGCAAAGCCUAUGUCACACUGGCAGCACCUCAACACACAAGUUUAAAAGUGGAGCAAUGUGGAUUUAUCAUAAAUCCAUCAUUUCCUGAGGUUGGGGCAUCGCCUGAUGUAAUCAUUCACAGCACAUGUUGUGGGAAAGGCUGUCUGGAAAUAAAGUGCCUCACUGAAUGAAUAGUCACAGUUUUUCUGAUUUGCCCUGUAAUCGAAAUCGUAUGUAUAAUAUUACAGUUAUUUAUUUACCUCAGCGCUGCUUGCAGAAACAGUUCUACUCCACCAUCAUUGAAUCCAUCCUCUGCACUUCAGUAACUGUCUGGUUCAGCUCAGCUUCUAAAUCUGACCUCAGAAGACUACAGAGAGUAGUCCGGACUGCUGAGCGAAUCAUCGGUACAACCCUCCCUUCUAUUCAAGAACUGUACUUAUCCAGAGUGAGAAAAAGAGCUGUCAAAAUCACUCUGGACCCCUCACAUCCAGCACACUCCCUCUUUGAACUGUUGCCAUCUGGUCGACGCUACAGAGCACUGAGCACUAGAACGACCAGACACAGGAACAGUUUCUUCCCUCAGGCAAUACAUCUAAUGAACAGCUGAUAAUAACUGUGGAACACACUACACUUUAUAUUUAUAUACACAUACACUUUAUUUAUCUAACACUU